UCUCUCUCUCUCUCUCUCUCUCUCUCUCGCUGCGCUGUGCUUUUCUCCCCCCUCCACCAUCAGCUCCUGUCUGCUAGAGGAACCGACUGCAGCCGGUGUGAGCAGUAACAGUAACUGGACGCACCUCUGGACAACAUCCGCGAUGUGAAGCCGCCCGAACCGAACCGUAAAGAGGUGUUCUGCGUGUGCGUGAUGUUUAACGCAUAAACAUUUUCAAAAAUCCAAACGCAAAGGGGAUGAGAUGAGCUGAGAUGAGCUGAGAUGAGAUGAGAGGCGGUGGGAGCGGUGUCCGGGCGAUGCGCAUGAAAUCGGAGCGUCGCGGAAACUGAGCGGGUCCUGAGGUACGGGACGAGAUCCGUACCCACAGCAUUAAAGGAAUCCCCCCUCUACACACACACACACACACACACUUCCUGCUCAUCACGCACGGCUGCUAGAGAAACUUUCCUGAUGGCCCUCGUCAUGGAACCUGUGAGCAAAUGGAGUCCCAGUCAAGUGGUGGACUGGAUGAAAGGACUGGACGACUGUCUGCAGCAGUACAUUAAGAACUUCGAGCGAGAGAAAGUAGGUGGUGAUCAGCUGCUCCGCAUCACCCAUCAGGAGCUGGAGGAUCUGGGCGUGUCACGGAUCGGACACCAGGAGCUCAUCCUGGAGGCGGUGGACCUGCUGUGUGCUCUGAAUUACGGACUCGAGACUGAGAACCUGAAAACUCUGUCUCACAAGCUCAAUGCCUCGGCCAAGAACCUGCAGAACUUCAUCACUGGCCGCAGGCGCAGCGGUCACUACGACGGCAGAACCACACGCAAACUUCCCAACGAUUUCCUGACGUCCGUGGUGGACCUGAUCGCUGCGGCUAAGAGUCUGCUGGCCUGGCUGGAUAGGUGCUACUUUUUUUUCAGGUCUCCUUUUGCUGCAGUGACGGAUUAUUCAGUGACGAGGAACAACGUGAUCCAGCUGUGUCUCGAACUGACCACCAUCGUACAGCAGGACUGCACUGUUUAUGAGACGGAGAAUAAAAUCCUGCAUGUGUGUAAGACGUUAUCCGGGGUGUGUGAUCACAUCAUCUCUCUCUCUUCGGACCCUCUGGUGUCUCAGUCGGCUCAUCUGGAGGUGGUCCAGCUGGCCAACAUCAAGCCCAGUGAAGGACUGGGCAUGUACAUCAAAUCCACAUACGAUGGACUUCACGUCAUCACCGGAACAACUGAGGGGUCUCCAGCAGAUCGCUGUAAGAAGAUCCACGCAGGUGAUGAGGUGAUCCAGGUGAACCAUCAGACAGUGGUGGGCUGGCAGUUGAAAAACUUGGUAAACUCCCUGCGUGGUGACCCUGGAGGGGUGACUCUGACACUGAAAAAACGGCCCCAGAGCACGCUCACCUCGGCCCCGGCCCUGCUAAAGAACAUGAGGUGGAAGCCCCUGGCCCUUCAGCCUGUCGCUCCCAAGAGCCCCACCAGCAGCUCGGCCACACCCACCAGCACCAUCAGCACACCCACCAAACGGGACAGCUCCGCCCUUCAUGACCUGUAUAUCCCGCCCCCUCCCCCUGAGCCCUACACACCCAGGGACGAGCAGGGGAAUCUCCCCAGUGAAGAGCGAGGUCAGGGACUUCCUGCAGCCAAAGGCUCUGAGUCUCCAAACUCUUUCCUGGAUCAGGAAUAUCGUCAUCGCUUCCCUCUGAUGGAGGAUGAAGCUGUGCUCUACUGCUACGAUUACGAGCCAGGACGCGGACAUCCGCCCUCUCGCAGAGAUGCCACGCCCACUUAUGGUCGUUUAAGGCCUAUCUCCAUGCCUGUGGAAUAUAACUGGGUUCCGGACUAUGAAGAUCCGGCCAGACUGAAGAGAGAGGGCAGGAGAGAUAACUCGAUGCUCCGGUACGUAAACGAAGAGAAGGUUCCAGAAGAAUAUCUGACCGGACGCAGCGCCAAGCGUGACACGGGCAAACGGUCCAAGAAGAAAAGCGAGAAGAGCAGUAGCCCCUCCCACUAUGGCCUGCUGCCCGCCCUGCAGAUGGAGGUCCUGCGGCAGGAGUCCAUGUCCACCCCGAGCUCAGACUCCACAUCGCUCUACCACACAUUCCAGGGAUCCUCCCUGCUAUCAAAGUCCAAGAAGAAACACAAAGGUGCGCCCCUGUCCUCCAUCAGCAAGAGGAGGAUCUCCUGUAAGGACCUGGGUCGAGGAGACUGCGAAGGUUGGCUCUGGAAGAAGAAGGAUGCUAAAAGCUACUUUUCCCAGAAAUGGAAGAAAUACUGGUUUGUCCUAAAGGAUGCCUGCCUCUACUGGUACAUGAACGAGGAGGAUGAGAAAGCUGAAGGGUUUGUCAGCCUCCCGGAGUUCAAAAUUGACCGUGCCAGCGAGUGCCGCAAGAAGUAUGCUUUUAAAGCGUGUCACCCCAAAAUCAAGAGCUUCUACUUUGCGGCUGACGGAGUGGACGACAUGAACAGGUGGCUGAGUCGGCUAAACAUGGCGGCGGCCGGCUAUGCCGAGAGAGAGAAGAUCCGUCAGGAGCAAGCUGAUUACUGGAGUGAAAGUGAACACGAGGAUAACGAAACCCCGUCCACACCGAAGCAGGACAGUCCACCUCCACCAUACGACACGUACCCUCGCCCCCCCUCGAUGUCCUGCGCGAGUCCAUACCCAGGACCCAAGCACAGCCGGCUGUCGUCCACCGAAACCUCACACUCGCGCUCGUCUCAUGAGGAGUACCGCUCGGAUCCUCCGGGUGGAGGCAGCAGCAGCGGCGGCGGUUCUCCGGCCCGUAAGUCUGCGAGUCAGCGGCGUUCGUGGCAGGACCUGAUCGAGACGCCACUCACCAGCUCUGGGCUGCACUACCUGCAGACGCUGCCGCUGGAGGACGCCGUGUUUGUUGAGCCGGGCAACGGGAUGUCCCCUGAGCGCCGCCGCCAGUCCACGCUGCCCGCCCAGCGCACGCUCCUGCAGGAGCACUAUGGACCAUUCGACAUGGCCGAGGGCGAGUGUCUGCGGGACCCUGCGGCGGGUGGAGGGAAACCCCGAAGCUUCACACUGCCACGCGACAGCGGCCUGCACGCGCUCCUCUCGCCUUCCGCUAGCAUGGCAGAGCAACGGGAUCCUCCACACAGAGGUGACGACGGGGAGCACGAGUGGGAACACGAACGUCAGCGCCACGCCGACUCUCUGGGAGACCUGUACCGGGCGCUAGAGCGUGCUAGCGUGUCUCCUCUGGGUGAGCCGCUUCUCUCCACCCGUCUAGAGUACAAGCACUCGUUUGUGCGCCGCUGCAAUGACCCGCUGCUCAACGACAAAGUGCAUCAGCUGCGCAUCCUGCAGAGCACGCUCAAGGACAGGGAAGGCGAGAUAGCAGUGAUUGACAAGCUGCUGGACAAACCCAAGCUCACGUCCUCCGACUUCCAGGAGUGGAAGAGAACGUACAUGGAGCUGUUCUCAGCUGAAGACAAGAAGGAGCGGCAACCUAGUCCACUGUCGGAGCCCAGCCCCGCGUCCACUCCCGAGCCCACACCGCGCACGCCCUCCCUCUCACACACACACUCCUACAUCGAGACCCAUGUCUGAGUCACACACACACACACACACACACGUUAUCAGGUUGUAAGUGGCACGUCUCAGAAGCAUAAAGUGUUAUACACUCAGUAGUGUAGGUUUAUUUAAAGGAAAACUCCAGCUUUGUGUGUGAAGACUCCAAACUCACUCAUCUAAUGGACGUCUGAGGGCAUUUGUUCAAGUUUAACGUCAGAUUGCACCUUCAUGAAGCUGUAAAUGUAAAUUCAGAGAUGGAACUAUUUUGUCUGAUGGUGUAACGAUACUUCAGGGAAGUGUAAAGUGACCGGAUCUACUUUUUCCUGUUUAGCUCCAGAGCUGCUGUGGAUCCGAUGCAUAAAACUGUGCUACUAUUUAUAUUUUCCCUUUCCUAGUCUCGGGUUUUAAAGGUGUAGUGACGAUAUUUGACAUCUGCCCUUAGUCGUCUAUUAUCUGUACGUUUGGUGUAAAUUUUUUCAUCUAGUUUUUGUAGGGAAACUUGUGGAAAAGUCGAUCAGUAACUUGAAACUCAAACAAACACACGACAGAUGAUAGAGCUUACAUAAACAAACAAACAAACAAACAAUGGAGUAUUUCUUUAAUAGUGUCAUCGAAUAGACACACAUAAUUUGUGUUAAAAGUGCAAACAAACAAACAAACAAACAAACAAACAAACCAGCAGCCUUGACUCACAACACUGGAUUUGGAAACACUGGUCACUGGUUUUAACCACCGCAAUGUUUCCUGAGACGCUAACACAAGUGACGGCCUUCACACGGUGCAAUAGGACCGAACCAUGCCCAGGUCUGUGCUGUAACAGAACCGCAGGAUGGACUGAACAAAUCUGGAUGUUAAAACUGAAGCCUGGAAAUUUGGAGCAACAGAAACCUGGACAUCACAUCAUAAUCUCAGUUUUUUAUUAUUUUGUAGUUUCUUUGCUUAUUGCCACAUGAGCCAGUUGCUUAACGCUGCACAUCGUCACGAUUUCUAAAAGAAUCUCAAAGAUCUUAAGAGUCCAUAAGUCCAGAUCUGUUAGUCUGUACUACAGUGUACAGAGUACUUCAGCUGGUCAAGAAAUGGCUAGCUGAUAUCAGUACUUGACUGGACAGGAGGAAGUUGGCUCAGUUACAGUAAACUCAUGCCACGUUCUUUUAAGCACGGAAUUGUGUUAGCAUAUUUUUAUUCAUGUGACCUGGAAAGUCUUGCUGUAGAAAUCUAAACUCUGGUCUUUAUCUAUUACUAAACUUAAAACUUAACCAAAAGUUCACUUCAGAUUCAAAUUUUCAAUUGAUGCCUGAUGAUAAACAUCAAAUCAGCCUCUGUAAAUUACUGAGAAUGUUUACAGCAUUUACAUUUAGCCACACCCACAAAACUCCAUAAAAGGCAAAAAUGUAAAUCUUCCACUAACGCAGUUCAGCCAUCGCAGCUAGUCGUCUGCCGCAGACACACACACCGGACCCUCUGCUUUCAGGGUGCCGUUACUUUGGGCUUGAUUUAUUGGUUCGUUUUCCUGGAAAUUACUCUCUUUAUAUGGGAAUUAACACAAACUCAGAAUUCCACAGAACAGGAAGUUUUUUCAUCACUAUUUACAUUUUCUUGUGUAGAAGAUCUUGUGAACAAUUUAGCAAUAAAUUUGUUUGUAUCCCGCUGGAUUAACGAGGCCCGCCGUUUGCUAACUAGCCGAUAGCCGUGUUGAUGAUGGUGAACUAAUAAGAAACGUACAAUUUUAAUCAAGAUGAUGUUCAGAUAUUUGCUUUCAUGGAUUAAAUUAAUAGAACAUGUGAAUAUUGUGCAAACAGAAAUAUAAAGUAAAAAUACCCUAAAAAUCUGUCUUAUGUUUAUCAUUUUUAAUCUGAUGGCUUCAUUACGAAUGACAUUAAACAUCAGAAAGUAUGUCGAAGAUGUCGGCAUCACCAGAUCAUGAUAUAUUCAGACUUAUGUCAUAGGCCCCAUGAGAGACACAACACAGCACUAGUGAAAAUGGCGGUUAAUAUAUUUACAACUAGUAUUAUUUUCCCUCUAGAAUUCCCUUUAGAGCUAUAACAAUAGCACUUUUUUUGCAAAUACAGAUCUAUAACACAGGUGUGGAACAUAUAUACGGUGAUGUAAUAGUAAGCAGAGAUGUUUCUAUUAAAGAGUCAGCGAGGAAAUCACACCUGCGUGUAGGCUUUGCUGGCCGAAGCCUGUGAUUUAGCCGUGCGUGGGUUUGAUAGACGGCUUCAAUCCGCAGAGCCGAUCAUCUGAGUUUCUGGAGCAGAGCUCACUUUUCUCCGCCUCCAGCCGAAAUGAGAGAUGACUCUAUAAAAAUGUAAAGUAGUUCAUAAACACGAGGCACAAGGCUUUCUGCACAGAGACUCCAGCAAUACAGAUUAUAAAAAAAAACAACAAAAAAAAACAGUUUUGCCGAAAACCACGACUUCCUAUGGACCUGCAGUGACUGUGUAUUCUAAUGAGCUUCAUGAAUAAUUCAUAAAGUCUCUGUGACUUCAUCCAAUCACAGAGCAGGAAAAUGUUCCGAGCACAUAUUCAGGAAAGUGGGCGGAGUUUUCAUCAGGGCCGUUUAAGCUAUAAUCAUAAUCAAUUAUUAUUUCAUUUAAUACAUAAUUUAAUCACUUGAUUAAUAAAAAAAAUGAUGAUUGAGUGAGUGAGAAUAAAUAAACGAUUAUUAAUAAAUAUAUUCAAUUAUAUAAAUAAUAUUCGUCAGUGAAUAAAACAAAUGAGUAAAACAUUCACAUCAGCAUUCGCUUCAUUUGUGUAAAUAUAUAUAUAUAUAUAUCAAUAUCUCUUAUAUUCUUCUACUGCAUGGCUCCGAUCCAUUCUAACACUUUAUACAAGUUUUGUUUGUUUGUUUGUUUGUUUGUUUGUUUGUUUGUUUGUUUGUUUGUUUGUUUUCUAAUUCCACCUGAGUGCUGAAUGAAGUCUAAAGGACUGGACUCGAAUCCGAGCGCUCAGAGGACUUAUUUCCUGUGCUUUUUUUUUUUUGUAGACAAAGAAUACUUCUGAAUGUUCUGAUGUGAGUUGAAUGUAAGAUAAGAUGCUGUGUGUGUAUUAUAAUGUACAUUACAGAUGUGUGAGAGAUUAUUAUUAUUAUGAUCAAUAACCCUCAUGAAAAUCCGCUGAAGUAGAAGAGAAUUUUUUUCUUGGAUCUGAAUUAAACUGAUGUACUUGAUUUGCUCAUGUGAUUAUAUAAUAAUAAUAAUAAUAAUAAUAAUAAUAAUGUAUUAAUAAUAAUAAUAAUAAUAAUAAUAAUAAUAAUAAUAAUAAUGAUAAUAAGAGCUAUAUCAGCAUUAGCACUCUGUAGAUGAUGUUUAGACCCGGCACAGUGUUCGCUCGUGGAAAUGACUGGAAUUACUAGAUUGGUUUUCUUCUUCUUCUCGACUGCCUGUUUUUAAGCUGCAGCUUGUUUUUUAUUGGACUUGUGCAGACACUUUUGCAAUCAUGACUUUAUUCUGAAUAUAAUUUAACAAAAACACACACACACACACACACACAUACACACACACACAAAACUUAAAGCCUGAUGAGUUAAAAAAAAAAAAUACAGACCAAUCUAGUAAAUCUACACUGAUUGUUUCUGCAAAUAAUUAUUUGUUCUGAUUAGGCAUGUCAUUUGGAAAUGCCGCUAUUAUGUGCCGCUAUUACUACAAGGCAGUUUGAUUUAUUUAAUUAUUUAUUUAAGGAAAUCAAUUCGUUUCUCCAGUUUUUGAGGUCCACGUGGUUAAAGUCAAUAAAAAAUCUUUGCUCAUGAAAUCAUGGUCUUCUGUCCUGGUGCUUUACCUAGCUCUGGGACUAUUGAGGUGGUGUGUGUGUGUGUGUGUGUGUGGUGAUAUUAUCGAAACAAAGUGAUGAAGCAGAGUCACUGUUACUACAACAAAAUUGAUUAUUUUUCUACAGCAGCACCUCUCUGUGUUUUACUCCUCUUAUACUGCAGCAUUUUUUUUCUUUAUAAAGAAAUGGCACAUCAUACUUUUUAUCCAUUUAUAGUCACAUUAAAUGGUUACAGUUACACUCACAUGCUUGUACAUUACAUCAGCUAUAAACAGGGGCUUUUAUAAUGUAAGCGAAACAAACACAACAAUCAAUGUAACUAUAAAUGAUUGUGUUGUUAAAAGAAAUAAAACGUGUCGCUGUAGGAAACUAAUCAACGUUAAGGUGGUGACUGUGCUUCAUCAUACAUAUUUGACAACAGAGUGGUUUAUUCCUGACUUAAUGUCCUUGUGGAAAAAUUUGUAGAAAGAAAUCAGAGCCACGCCAGCUGAGCUCCAGGCUUUACAACCCCGGCUAAAGCAUUAAAAAAACUGGCGAUCCAUGCGAGAUCUGGGUCUAACU